AUGGUCGAAAACAAAGGCAGCCAGUGCCUCUACUUGCUGGACAUGAGGAAAAGCAAAAGAUCCAUGGGGGACUGUCUCUCAAUAAUUAGUGAAGGCCCAGAGUGGGUCUUGACAACCAUGAAACUUCUCAUCCUUACCUUCCUUGUGACUGCUGCUCUUGCCAGGCCUAAACAUCCUCUCAGGCACCGAGAACUCUUUCAAAAUGAACCAGAUAGCAGAGAGGCAGUCCUCAAAGAAAGAAAGUUUCUCAGGUUUGCUGUGGCGGAAAACAUCAAUGAACUGAGCAGGAGAGAACUUCUGAGAGAAAAGCAGAGUGACGAACUCAAGGAUACCAGGAAUGGAUCAACUGAAGAUUUCUUUUCUAAGGAUGGCAUGGAAGACCCUGAGCAAAGGGAAUUUGGCAGCAGUUCAUCAAGUGAGGAAGUUGCUCCCAAUAGAAAUGAGAAAUAUAUUCCAAGAGAGAAAAUUUUCUACCACCCAUAUCUGAGAAAGCCUAUGAGAGUAGUGAAUCAGCCUUUCCAACAAUUCUAUCAGCUUGAUGCCCAUCCCUAUGCUGCCUGGUAUUAUCCUCCACAAGUCACACAAUAUAUUGCUUCUCCAUCAUUCUUCGACAUCCCUAAACGCAUUGCCUCUGAGAACAGUGGGAAAACAAUUAUGCCACAGUGGUGGUAA